GGGAAGUAACUUAAGAGUCAGUUAAAAUGGGUGAGGAAUUGGAAAUCAAGAUAUGGGAUUAUCGAAAACUGAAAAUCCGUAAAACUCUCGGACAUGGUUCGUUUGGAACAGUUUAUUUAGCGAACUGUGUCGAGCCAGAUGUGACAAAUCAUGUUGUGAUGAAAGUCAUGCACAACUCAGUGGCCAUGAGAGAUGACUCAAGAAGGCUUUUCAUUAAGGAAGCCCUGUUAUUAAAGAGUCUCAAUCACGAGAACAUAGUCCGAAUCUAUGGUAUUUGCAUGAACCCUCUUACUAUUAUCAUGGAGUACGUGGUUUUUGAUUUUGAGCCUUUUCAAAGAAAUAGGAAGGUUAGCACUUUAGACGAAUUUCUUUCGGAGAUUGCUCGAGUGCCACAAUCUGAAGAACAUCGAUUUGAUCAUCUAAUUCCAAAGAUAGCAGUUGAUAUCACCAGAGGAGUUGCACAUCUACAUGGCCAUGAAAUUGUUCAUCGCGACCUAAAGCCGAUCAACAUAUUGAUCUCCAAUCAGCAUUACUCCAAUCUUCAAGACAGGUGUCAGUUGAAGAGAAUUCAGGCAGAGAGACCGAUUGUAUGCAAAUUGGCUGAUUUUGGCGAGAGCCGUUCUCAGUGGCUGCAGACAAAUGGGCUCAGUGACCCUAACGCAAGCCAAGUAUUCAGAGGGACAAUUGCUUUCAUGGCACCUGAGAUUCUGUUGCGCGAACCAAUGGUACAAAGAAAUAAACUUACCAUGGACGAUUUGAAAAAAGUGGAUAUCUGGGCGCUAGGGAUGGUGUUUUACUGCUUGAUUAACCCAGCUGACUCAUACCCAUAUCAACGAGACGGUUUCAAUCAGCCCCUAGAUAUCAUGAAUUUUCAAAAACAAAGAAAACGUCCAUCCUGUGACCCAAAGUACGAGAACAAACAGUCUUCAGCUUGGAAACAUGUUAAAGAUGUUUUUCAUGCCUGUACAAACCAUGAUCCUCUCAGAAGACUAAAAGCAACACAGGUCUAUGCUAUGCUGGAUGCUUCUUCCGCUUUAGUUACCCACAGCAGUCUAACGACAAAUGUGGUACCCCUUAAACAAGGAUUGUCCAGCGCCAGCCAGGGAACUUUUCAGUGGUAUGCAAGCACACAGGGGGAGUCUGAUGUUCAGUACAUACUACGCAAGCUGAAUGCAAUUGCCGACAGUGUGGUGGAUAUCAGUCGCAAUAAAGACUCCCGGGAUCUUUGCAUGUGCUUCCAGUGUAAUGGUAAACAGUGGCAAGUCCGUUUUCCAUCGAAUUUUCCAGCUUCAAAUGCCAGCUUGCAUGUUGACGGAGUGUUUUACGCUAUGGUUGGUGGUAAUGCUAUAAACACGUCCGUCAGAGCGCUGAUAUCAACAGUAAUCCAGCCUAAAGGUACGCUGAUUCAUGGUGGUGCCGCACAAGUGACCACAGAACAGUGGUACGAGAGCAUUCAAGGGGAGGCAGCUCUUCGUCAUGUCUUAGACGAGUUGACAAACUUUGCUGAUAGUGAAGUGAAUAUGAGUCGACAAAAAGGCACACAUGAUGUCACGUUAAGUUUCACGCGCGAUGGACAUCACUGGGAAAUCAGGUUUCCACCCGAUUUUCCUAGAUCUGAAGUAAACUUGUCAAAUGGAGAACUCUCUAAAAUAGUUAGUGGUGACAACAUCAACACCGCCGUCCAAGCCAUGAUAUCAGCAAUAAUUGAGGAGCAACCAACAUGGGCUGACCGAAAUCUUGUACCCGUGGCACGGAUAAAUGCAGAGCAGUGGUAUGCUGGUGAUCAAGGAGAGGCAGCUCUUCGAUUCGUUUCCCAAGAAUUGAGGAACAUCACUGAUAGUGAGUUAAGAAUAAGUCGAGAAAAGGACACCCAUGACGUCACGUUGACUCUCGAGUGCAAAGGACAACAUUGGGAAAUCAGGUUUCCAUCGAACUUUCCGAAAUCCAAUGCGAGCUUGUUCAAGAGCGGAGAUUUCUACGCAAUGGCUGGUGGUGACCAGUUAGAAACAGCAGUCAGGGAGAUAAUCAAUCGCAUAAAGUUUUUUGAUCAACCAUUUCCAGAAAUGUGUGGUAACUCUACAAGCGUGACAACUGAACAGUGGUAUACCGGAGACUCAGGAGAGGCCGCUCUUAGAUAUGUUUUCGACGCGCUAAGGAAAAUCGCCGACGGCGAGGUCAAGAUGCGACGCAGUACUGACACUCGAGACAUCACUCUGAGCCUUCGCCGCCGAGGAAGAGAAUGUACAAUUACAUUUCCUUAUAAUUUUCCAAAAUCCAAUGCAAGUGUGUCCACGAACAGGGAAGACUACAUAAUGAUCGGCGGGAAUAAUGUUGAAAAUGCUGUUAGCGCUUUAAUUAAUCAUAUUACAUCUGUAGAUCCGUCGCACUCAAACAUUGCAUCUGCGUUCCCGUCACACUCAACUCUGUCAGAAACACAGGAAGGGGCCCUCUGCUACAUACAAUAGAUUGAACAUAUUUCCAUUUUGGAUCUAUCACAUCUUUUCCGUACGCGGUCUAAGGUACUUUCCAACGAGGAGACGCACCUUAAUUUCAAAAACGACUUCCAGACUCGGUGAACCAUUAGUAUAGCAUUCUCUUAAUAUUUUAGAACUUAGUUAUUUUCAUUUCUUUGAUAGUAGGCGUUUUGUAACUUCUUGAACCGUCCCCGACAGUGGAACACUAAUUUUAAAUUUUGCCAAGUAGUUUAUUUUCAUCAAAGUUUUUGUGACUCUUCUUUUUACUGAAGGACCAAUUUGAGAAGAGAGUUAAGGGAAACCACUUU